AUGGACGGAGCAGUAGCUUGGAUUCUGAUGGUAUCAGCACUGACAGUGUUGGCCUCAUGCCACAAAGUCUGCUUCAUUGGAUCGGAGUACAACCCCCAAGCUGGUAUCCCACCCCGUUGGUUCCUGCCGUACAAAGAUCCGUGCGAAUGCACCGCUCUACGUCUCGGUGGCGUAAAUAUUCCUGCCUCGUCAUACCGCCAGGGGGCGCCCCACUACCUGAAGGAGCUCUUCCUGAGUGAGGACUCCGACAAAAUUCAAGCUUACUUCAAGUGCAGUCGGACGACUGCUGCUAGUGGAACGACUACUGCUAGUGGAGCG